GGUGGGUUUGGUGGGUGGGUGUUCGUGGAGGUGGGUGGGUGGUCAUGGGUCUGGGUGUUUUCGGGUUUUGGUGGGUGGGUGUACAUGAGGGUGGAGGUUCCGUUGGUGGGUCUAGAUGGCUUGGUAGUUCUGGGUUUUUAGACUCUGAUUUUUUUUUUUUAAAGAAUUUGUAAUUAAUUAUUUAUUACCGACAUAAUACUUAUUGUUAAGCACUAUUAAAUUUUUUUGCAUUGGAAUCCCUCCACAUUUAACGGAGGUACUAUAUAAUGUAUAAAAAAACAUAUACAAAUAAUAUGAAAUGACCAAAGUGCCCUUGUAAUAACUCACCCUCCGGCUUCGUCUGAUUAGAGUGUACACAAGAUAAUCCAACUCCCAAGCUUAAAGUUAUUCUCUUUCCUCCCAUCUUCAACAACAUAAGUAUAUUUCAAUCAUUUUCUUGCAUAAUUGACUUGUUUGGAUCCAAGCAUAUAGUUCAUCAAUGCUCUGCAUUUGAAUUGCCGGGGUCUGAAGUUGUGACUUGUAAGUAUCAGUGCAGAACUCUUAAUUGGGGAUUUAUUAGGGUUCUUCAGCUCGAUUUGGAAAUUUCAUCUUCAGUGGCUGAUGAUUGUGAAGGAUGAGUUUAUCGCUCACUGUGAUGACCUUUAACCUCCAUGACGAACAGCCUGUUGAUAGUUUGAAUUCAUGGGAAAACAGGAAAGAUUUGUGCAUCAGCGUCAUUACCAGUUAUUCACCCACCUUCUUAUGUACACAACAGGGCUUGAAGUUGCAGUUGGAUUAUCUUCAGCAGGGAUUACCUGGUUAUGGGCAUUUUGGCAUAUCUAGAAAGGGUGUUGAAGAUGCUUCAGAUGAGCAUUGUGCUAUCUUUUUUGACAAGGAAAAGGUAGAGCUGGUAGAAGGUGGAACCUUUUGGUUAUCAGAGUCACCAUCUGUCCCUGGAAGUAUUUCAUGGGGAGCAGUAGCUCCCUGUAUUGCAACUUGGGCAACAUUUCAGCUUAGGGGGGUUGAGCCUCCUGGUUUUUCCUUCCAGAUUGUAAACACAAAUAUGGAUGAGUUCAGUCCUCGUGCACGCCGGAGAGGUGCUUUACUCACAUGGCAGCAUAUCGCUUCAUUACCUCCAAGCUUGCCAGUAGUGUACUGUGGAGGGUUUAAUACACAAAAGGAAUCAACUACAGGACGUUUCCUUCUUGGGAGAUCAAGAGAGCACGGUGUAGUAGGUGAUAUGAGAGACACAUGGCCAAAUGCACGGGUAAGAAAAAAUGGAUCCUUAAUCCGCACCUAUCAUGGAUUCAGAGGUGACGAACAGGGAGCUUUGGAAUUUCUAAAGUUGAUUUUUAGGGCUCUUUGUCUCUGUUGGGAUCGACAAACUCAGGAUCUUCAUGUGGAUUGGAUUCUGUACAGAGGAAGAUCCUUGAUACCAGUACUAUGUGAAGUAGUGAAUGAUAAUAUCGAUGGGUGUUACCCAUCCUCCCACUAUCCAAUGUUUGCUGAGUUUAUGCUCCCUCGAUCUGUCAGAUUGAGUGAAGCUCCAGCUCAAGAUGAAAGCUGAGCAAGCAGUAUUAUGAACUCCAUCCAUAGUGAAGACUCCACCUUGAUAAAGGUUUCGUAUUCUACUAUAUUUUAUGAUGGAAGUCAAAGAUAUGAAUGGUUAUAAUAUUAUGUGAUAUGCAUGAUUAUAUUUGCUAAUAUAUCUUGAUGCGAUUAACAAUAUUAUAUAUUUGAUGAUGAAAGUCAAUAUGAUAUAUCUACGUUAAUAUUUGAUUAAUAUGAAAUUAUGUUUAUUUCGGAUA